GUUCAUACGAAUAUCUUUUUCCACAGCAACAUCUGUGAAAAAAACAUAACUUGACUCGAGCCAUGGGCAUACUUGAUCAUCUCUGGGAUGAUACCGUCGCUGGUCCUCGGCCGGGGAACGGCCUUGGCAAGCUUCGGAAACACCAUACCUUCAGUUUCCGGCCUAGCUCCGGCAAUGAUCAAUUGGACGGUGGAAACGUGGGAUCGUACGGUGGAGAUUCGCCGGAUGAAGGUUUGAAAGUGACACGCAGCAUCAUGAUAAUAAAACCACCAGGAUACCAAGGCGGUUCAGCUCCGGUUUCGCCGGCCGGUUCAACUCCACCGGUUUCUCCUUUAUCUGUGAAUGCAUGAGAGGUUACUAACGAACUUGGACCCUUUGGGAUGUUAACGGAGCAAACGCAAGGUCGACUUCGGACGCGUUCGAGAAGGCAGCAGGAUCAGAGAAUGGACCAAGGAACUCUCCUCCUACUUACUGCGUGUGAUCUCUAAUCUCUAACCCCAAAUCUUUAACUAGAGAAGGAGAAGAAGAAGAAAAAUCAGAGUAAGCGAUUUCGUUUUGAUACAUGGAGGUGGUCGUUGCAUGCAGAGUUCGUCUUUAUUCCUUUUGUAAGCUAAGCUAAAGAGCUUCUCUUUUGUUUAUGCGUGUAUGAGGUUGUUUCCGUGUUUGUGAUUGCGUCUCGCCGUCUCUGUUUUUUUAGUGUGUGGGUAUGUGUGUCAUCUCGUUUUCGCUAUGCUUUCUACGUGUCUGUACAUAUUUACUGCAAUGAUAAUAAACUUAUGUAGUUCUUUUUUA